AUGUCUGUCUCUACUAUACCGCAAGGUUUAAUAGUGAAAGCAGAACAAAUACCUUAUCCAAUGGAACUAUCAAGUUCCGAAAUAUAUAUUCAUUUGAGUUCUUUGAAUGAAUAUAAGACGGAUUUCAUUAAAGAUUUGAUAGAAAAAUCAAGAAAACAUAAACCAAUUACAAAACUGAUCAAUCAACAACCGAAUAUGCCACCACAAAUGACCAGACAUAAUUUGAUAACUUUUCUUUUCCAAUUAUCUACCGUGUGUAAUGUAACAGAUACAGUAUUCUCUCAUGCAGUAACCCUUUAUGAUAGAUACAGUUCUAAAAGAAUUGUUCUACCUGAACAAUCUAAACUUGUGGUAGCUACUUGUCUUUGGCUUUCGGCAAAGAAUCUAGGUGGAUGCGAUCAUAUUAUUAAUGAAUAUGUGAUUCCUACAGGUGGAAGAUUUUAUGGUCCUACUCCAAGGGCUAGAAUCCCAAAAAUUAAUGAAUUAAUAUAUUAUUGUGGAGGUAAAAAACAUUUUAAUAAAUCGAUGUUUUUACAAAUGGAAAGACAUAUAUUACAAACGUUAGAUUGGAAUAUUGUUACACCUACCUUGGCAGAUUUGGUAUUAAAUAUUGAUGAAAAUUGUCUGUUACAAUAUGAAUGGUAUAAGAGAGCUUUAUUACCAAAUAAAAACCAUUAUAAAAAUGAAUUAUAUCAGAUUGAUAAUAAAAUUGAACUGAUUGAUAUAAAAAUGUUCCUAAUAGAUCUUACUUCAUGGCAAUAUAAUUUAUUAGAUUAUGAAAUGAUUGAAGUAUCAAAUUCAAUUUUUAGAUUAUUAUCAAAAUUUUUGUCACAAGACUGUCCCAAUUUUAUUCAAUUACCUGAUGAUUUGAUACAGACAUUUUCUGAUAAUAUGGUUACGAUUGAUCAAAUUUUGAUUAAUGCUAUUUGCACUGUUCCUGUUUGUCUUUUCAACAAAUAUCCAAAAUCCACAUAUAUUCGUGGCUUUUGUAAAAAAGUUAAUAAUUAUCAAUUGGAAAAAUCUAUACGUUCUCAAGUGUCUCAUCCGGUUGUAUUGGGUAACAUGAGGGCUUCCACUACAGUUAAGAAAAAUACUAUCACAUUACAAAAGAUUAAAUCAGUUAAUUCUACAACAAGCUAUCCUUCACCCGCAUCGAUAGAUUAUUCAACUUUCAAUGAUAUUAAGUUGGAUGAUGACACAUCGAAUUACGAUACCUCGAAUGAUGACUACGAUAAUGAUGCCAAUGAAGAUGAAGAUGAAAAUGAUAUAUCGACAGAAAUUAGUGGUUCUAUAUCUCAUUCUCCUAUAAGUGUGUUUAGUGAUCAUGGACAUACCAGUAAGAUAUCGAUUCCGCUCUCAAGGGAAAACUCCAAACCUUGCCUAGUAUGA